CAUAUGUUGACGCCCCUCUGUCGUUGUCGAUGCAAAGUGGUUAUGUCAACAAAUUUGUACCGCCUAUGGAACUGAUUUAACGCUAUGUUAAUGUGGCGAAGUGCACAAGAAAGGAGUAACAUUGUGACGAAGACAGCUUACUAGACGAGCAGUUAGGAUUUACUGCGAACUAUGACAGUGUCACAAGUUUACAUAUUUAUUACUUUUCUCUCAUUAUUUUGUUUUGGCAAUUCGUAUUUCGAAACGAACCUGAAAGCAAGUGAGCGUUGUUUCUGCAAGCUUAAAGGGAGAAUUGAUGAUUGUAGUUGCAAUGUGGAUACAGUGGAUCAUUUCAACAACAUGAAAAUUUACCCAAGGCUAAGCAGCUUACUCAACAAAGACUAUUUCCGAUUUUAUGAGGUAAAUCUCAAGCAGAAAUGCCCAUUCUGGUCAGAUGACAGCAGAUGUGCCAUGCGAUACUGUCACAUUGAACCGUGCUUGGAUACAGACAUUCCUGAAGGUUUGAAGGGUCAUCAGUCAAAGAAUGCAGUUGUGGAGGAACCACCAACAUUUAAGUACUCUAAAGAAGCUCAGGCAGUGGACUGUGAUCAUGACCAUGAACUGGGAUAUCUCAACACAACAAUCAGUGCAGCAACAUAUGAGGAAUUUGCUCGUUGGAAGGCUUAUGAUGAUGCUCAGGAUAAUUUCUGUGUCAUGAAUGAAGAAGACAAAGGAGCUGAAUAUGUGGAUCUUUUGUUGAACCCUGAGAGAUAUACAGGAUACAAGGGCAGGUCUGCUCACAGGAUAUGGAACAGUAUAUAUCUGGAAAACUGUUUCAGACCAAAGGACAGUCUCAGUUCAUAUAUCCAGUCUUCUAGACUAAAUGGUAAGUGAGCUGAACGCAUUUAAAAAUUAUUUUUCGCUAUUAUUUCGAAAAUGAAACUUUUGUGACCCCAUGUUCAUAGGAACAUACAUCUGUGUUCUAAAUAUCUUUUAUCAGAAAAGAAUACUUUAGGACUGGACCCACCAGGUGGACGGUGGGGUCCAAAUUUGCGGGAGUUUCAGCUCCGCUUUGACCCUGAGAAAACAGAUGGAGAGGGGCCUCAGUGGCUCAGAAAUCUGUACUUCUUGUACUUGCUGGAGCUGCGAGCACUGGCUAAAGCAGCACCGUACCUUGAACAUGAAGAGUAUUACACAGGCAAUGAGGAAGAAGAUAAAGAAGUGAGGAAUGGCAUUCAGGACUUUCUGAAGGUUGUUCGGUCUUUCCCUGAUCAUUUCAAUGAAAGUACUAUGUUCAGUGGUGGACAUCAGGCCAAAAAAUUGAAGGAAGAGUUUCGGCAACAUUUUCGUAACAUCUCCCGCAUCAUGGACUGUGUUGGUUGUGACAAGUGUAAGCUGUGGGGAAAGUUACAGAUUCAUGGUCUUGGCACAGCACUGAAGAUUUUGUUCUCAGGCAAGUUUGAUGGUAUGAAUGCUGCUAGCCAGAGUCUAACACAUGCUGACAAGAGCAAGUUCCAGUUGCAGAGAAGUGAGAUUGUUGCAUUGAUAAAUGCAUUUGGGAGGUUAUCUACAAGCAUACGUGAACUGGAGCAGUUCCGAGACAUGAUGAGAUAACCUUAAGGCAUUUAGCAGGACUUCCAACUUUUAAGCUGGACGUCACAUAUAGACCAAAAAGGUAGAAGGUCUGUUGGUAUUACAGUGAUGGUGGAGGGUGUUGUGCCUCGCAUACAACUGAUGUUCCUGUUAUUUCUUUUUGGUUCACUGGGUAAUUCUGCAGAUGCUCUCUUACCACAAAGCUUGUUUGUUUCAUCUUACACAGUUUUCUUUAAUGUUUCAUAAUUAUGUAGUAAUGUCAUCAGCAAAUAAUAGUUCAGUUUGGAGGACAUAUCAUAAUAAACGUUUUCAAUCCAUAUAUCAAGCAGUUUUUGAAGUGGAUGAACAAAGUAAUUAACAGACCCAAAAUUGUUUAUUUAGCCUGACCUAAAUGUACAUGCCUUUGCUUGGAACAUUCAUCUCAUUCAGUCUAGGAUUUCAUAUAUUUAAGGAACUGUGAUACUGAAGAUGGCUGUCUUCUGGGUUGUUGCAUCGUGUAGUCUGGUAGAAGUUUACUGACGUUUCAGAGGUCUUUGCUGCCUACCAGACUACAUGGCGCAACAACCCAGAAGACAGCCAUCUUCAGACUCACCGCCGCGAAAACCUCACAUCGUACAACUGUCAUACUGGCUCAACUUGCAUGAAUUUUUAAAGAAUUUUAUGGCCUUUUUUGAUUUCCUUGCAGCAAAUUUCAUAUUGUAUUUGUGAUAUAUAGUAACGAUUUCCAACAUUUUUUAUUUAAUGGUAUCCUUGGAAGUGCAUUAAUGAGAUUCUGUCAGCCUUUAGUCGUUAACAAUUAAAACUAAAUUCUCUAUGAUACAUUAGUUACGACAGUGAAUUCACAAAAUUGUAUCAAUGAUUAAUGAAGCUAAUAAUUCUAUUGGCUUCUCAUUUUUUUGUAUCAGCUGAACAAAAUGUUUUCUUACAUCAAACUGUUUUUUAUGAAGAAGUUGUGCUCUUUUUGGCACAUUUUUUAAGUACCUUGGCAGUGACUUUCUUAUUUACAGAUAUUACAGUUUUAUUUUUCUUCCAGAAUGAUGCAGCUAACCAGUAUGUACCACAUUAAUAUUUGAUAAUUUAUUACUGAUACUCGACUUCAGUUCCAAGUAAAAACAGACGUGCAAUGCAGAAUUUAUUUUAACUGGCUGACAAGUCAAAGGGACCAUGGAGUAUGACAGGGUAAUAGGGUAACGCCGCUGUUUGGUUGUGCGGCUAUUCGGAAAGGCUUUUAUACUCGGGAAACGUUUUUGAACCUUGGAGCUACAAUUUAAGUAUUUGACAGUAGUAUUUUAAAAUAAAUUCAAAAUUUGUCUUAUAAAAUAUAAAAUUUAUAUAAAAGUAAUAACAAAACAAGAAGUUAUUUUUUAAUGUGUCAGUGAAUGGUCUGUUCUCAUCCAUUUUGAUUCUGCCUUUAGCUUGCAAUGUUAUUAGUUGGUAUAUUUUACAUUUUAUUCUUCUUAUUUUUUCCCAGAAUACAUUGAUAAAUGAUUUAGUACUUCCUUUACUGAGCACAGUUCAUGAAACUCCCAGUGAAAUUAAUUUAAUAUUGAAAUACCUUCAGAAAUAUAUGUGAAUUAAAAGUACUUUAUAUUUUUCUGAACUUUAUUUUGUAGACUCUCUUUUCUUAGUGUAUUAUAAUAGUGAUGAAUGUAUAAAUUCUUUUAGUAAUGAAGAUGGUCAUCUUCUGGGUUGUUGCGUCAUGUAGUCCGGUAGUUUACCAACGUUGGUAAACUUCUACAAGACAAUGCAGAAGACAGCGAUCUUUGUACUCAAUGCUGUGAGAACCUCAAAUCCUAUUUAUUUUAUAAUAUUUUGUUGCAGUUCCCAUUGAAAUGGCGAACAGACUUCUUAAUGAUUAUAAAAGAAGAUGGUUAUACUAUUGGCCAUUGUAAUUGUGACUUGUUUUCAGUAUUUCAGUUGCUAGCAUAGCUGAUUACGUGUUUUAUUUGUGCCUGUAAGCUGUUUUGGAAAAUUAGAGGAGUGAACCGUUGACUGCUGCUUGUUUGUUGUUCCUCUCAUGCUUCCUGUUAAAUCCCUACAGAAACCGCUGUAAUCAGAUAUUCAGAAAUGAAUCUCUGUUAAAGAUGUCUUGUAGCCAUGAUCACUUCAUCUUCACUUAUAUCCAGUUCACUGAAUAGUCAUCCCCUUGUCUUACAUAACCUUGCAGUUGAGAAAUAAUGUUAAAUGUUAUACUAGGUGGUUCUUGAAUUUUCUGACAGAUUUUGUUUAUAAUUGUUGACAUUUCUGAACAUUGUGUAUUAAAAGGGAUUUUCAGAACUAA